CAACCCCACGACACCCCCUUCUGCACACAACGCUGCCUCCUGGGCCUCCAACACUCCCUCCCCCUAGACCCCAACUGCCCCAACACCCCCAUGCACCAACGCCCAUCCUCCAAGAACCACCACCCCAUAACAACCCCCCACCUCCUCCACCUCCUCAACCACCAACUCAACACAACCCUAACCCACAACUGCACACCCCUGGGCACAAACGGCGCCCACAGCGCGCCCUUCAAACUCACCCUCACAACAUACGGCUACACCUUCAUCGGCAAAGGCAGCACCACCUCCUUAUGGCCCGAAAUCUCCCGCGAAAGCAAAAUCUACAACAUCCUCCGUCCCGUCCAGGGCUCCGCGGUGCCGGUCUUCCUCGGGGAGGUCAAUCUCGCGCAUACGUACUUUUUGCAUGGGGUUGGGGCGAUCAGGCAUAUGUUGGUUAUGGGGUGGGGUGGGGAGAGUUUGAGGUGUUUGGGGAGGGAGGGGGAGAUGUUUGGGGAGGGGGGGUUAGGGAGGGAGGUGGAGAGGUCGGUGAGGGAGAUUGAGGAGUUGGGGGUGAGGCAUCGGGAUUUGCAUUCGGGGAAUUUGCUCUGGUGUGAGGAGGUGGGGAGGGUGUUGGUUAUUGAUUUUCAU